CAAAACGGGCUCACCAGGCGACGACCCAUCUCUGCCACCUGCGACUAUCGAGAAUUAAUCACUACUCUCAUCACCAUUUAAUAUUGGAACUGUCGAGUUCCGCUGCAAAGGCCAAGCUCGAUAUACUGAAAGAUUGUUUUCUUUUCAAUUUUAGGGACCACCGAUGAGCAAACCGAAGCCCCUCUCAGCUUAAACUCGCCCGAUGAAAGCGGCGGAGUCCACGAACCGCACGUGCAACCUGCCGGCGCUAGCUUGCCUCGCUCUCCGCUUACCCCCACCAACCAUUCGACGAAAUUCCGCACCGAGCAAAGGAAGGAAGCGGUCGCGGAAUCUGAAUAUCUAUCGAGAGAAGGGGGAAUAGAGGUAUGUUUUCGUACUUGAGCGCGCUUGUGUACCUGGUGGGAGUAGUAGCGGCGGCGGCUUUGGCUUUACUUGUGGCGUUCCAGGAGCGGCUGGUGUAUGUUCCGGUGCUUCCGGGGCUAAGUAAGUCCUAUGCCAUCACCCCUGCUCGGCUACGGCUCGCCUAUGAGGACGUCUGGCUUCACUCGGCCGAUGGCGUUCGGCUUCAUGCAUGGUUCAUCAAGAUCUUUCCUGAUUGCACAGGUCCUACUAUUCUGUUUUUCCAAGAAAAUGCUGGCAAUAUUGCCCAUCGUCUUGAAUGUGUCCGCAUAAUGCUACAGAGGCUCCACUGCAAUGUAUUUUUAUUAUCUUACCGAGGAUAUGGAGCUAGCGAUGGUGAUCCAUCUCAGCAUGGCAUUAUCAUGGAUGCUCAGGCAGCAUUAGAUCAUCUCUUCCAAAGAAAUGACAUUGAUACAUCAAAAAUAAUUGUUUUUGGGAGAUCACUUGGAGGCGCUGUGGGCUCAGCCCUUGCAAAAAAUAAUCCUGAUAAGGUUUCAGCUCUUAUAUUGGAGAAUACUUUUACUUCUAUCCUGGAUAUGGCUGGAGUUCUGUUGCCGAUCCUCAAGUGGUUUAUUGGUGGCGGUGGAUCAAAAGGCCCAAAAGUUCUCAACUUCCUUGUACGCUCACCAUGGAGUACCAUCGACAUUAUCGGGCAGGUCAAGCAGCCGAUUCUCUUCCUCUCUGGGCUGCAAGAUGAGAUGGUUCCUCCAUCACACAUGCAAAUGCUUUAUAAAAAAGCAGCUGAGAAGAAUUCACGGUGUCUUUUCAUUGAUUUUCCUACUGGCAUGCAUAUGGACACGUGGCUUUCAGGUGGCGACCGUUACUGGAGAACCAUUCAACUAUUCCUCGACCAAUAUGUUUCACAGGCUAAAGACACUGAAAGAAGAACAUUUGAACGGAAAAUUUCAUGAUGAAGAAGAGUGAAGAUAGUGAAGGCUAUUAUUACAGUUUAGUACAAUAUCUUUUUUUUUUUUCUAUCCUUAAUUUUCUGCCAUAAUAAAACAGAAGUUCUGAGUUCUUACUGAUUAACUCAACUUACUCAUAUUUAGAAAUUAAAUUUUAGGAACUAGAGUUUUAGAGUCCUUCCAUAUGGAUAAAAAUCCUAUACCAAUUCCCUGCAGAAAUUACAUGGGAAGGUUUCAAAACUGUAUCUUGUUAAUCUUUUUUAUUGAAAUUUGUAUGUAA